UUAGUAUCAAUUUACGUCACGCGCAAUUCGCGGUCUACGGAGUGAGACUAGUGAUAGUUCGAUAAAUAUACACAUUUAUCAAAUCGACUCGUAAUGGCCGGGAUUAAAGGUUAUUUCUGAUCAUUUCGCGUAUGCGAUUCCCCGUGGCAUGAAUUCUCGAGAAAUGUCAUCGUCGUAGAAACCUCGCGCUAAAACCGCGAAAAUUGGCUGUCAAAACAUAACCUCUUCGCACCACUAUUGUCAUCGUCGUUUGACGUUUGGCUACGCGCACAAUCAUCACUUAAUUAAGUUUCGUAACUUGAUUUAAGAGCAAUGUGCGACUUUCACGUCGCGUCUCCCUUCGAUUCUUUUUUUUUUUAACGUAAAAAUAAAAAUUAUAAUUUAGAACAGUUUCGUUUUAUGAUCGCAAUGCAUUGUUUGCAACUUUUAGGAUCUUCAGUUUAAAACAUUGCGAUCUUUCAUCUGUCGUUACGCAAAAAUUUUAUAUGAACUUAUUGCUACAAAUAGAUUCAAGACUAGACAAUCAAAAAUGCAUUAUCAAACUCGUAAAAAUGUAGGCUGUUAGGAGGCAGUCAACAAAUAUUUUAUAUCUUCACAUUUAAUGAAUAACAUCGAUAGAACGACAUUUGUCAACUAUGUCUUCAAAAAGGACAACAGCCAUAGUAUUAAGGGCAUUCUACAAUGCGUUGCAAACAACCGUUGUCAGUUGAAAUGUUUGUCAAGACAACCAAUCAGAAGCAUAAAUAAUACCAUUAACGUUUCUAAUUGAUUGUCGCGACAAAUGUUUCAACUGGCAACGGGUGUUUGCAACGCAUUGUAGAAUGCCCUUUAAUACUGUUAAACGCAAUAGAUUAAUUUUGUAUUUUUCUUAUUUCAUGGCAUUUUUUGUGACACUUCCUCGAAACAGCAUUAGUACUGCUAGCAUUUGCUGGUUCCAUUGGAAUGACAUUUGUCAUUCUUGGCUGUGCAUUACCGAUAUAUAAAGUAUGGUGGCCAUUUUUUGUUGUACUAUUCUAUAUAUUGGCACCUAUUCCAACUAUAAUAGCACGUCGCUACACAGAUGAUUCGGGAAGCAAUAGUAAUCCAUGUUUAGAGUUUGCAAUAUUUAUUACAAUGGGAUUCGUAGUAUCGUCCUUUGCUCUUCCAAUAGUAUUGGCGCGAUCUCCGGCAGACCAGCCAGUGAUAGAAUGGGGUGCUUGCUACUUGACAUUAGCGGGUAAUAUUGUUGUGUAUUCAACUCUAGUCGGAUUUUUCAUAACCUUCGAUCAGGAUGAUACUGAUUACAAUAUGUGGUGAAGUACUACUGCAAUGUACUUAUUCAUCAUAAUAAAAAUGUUUUCUAUGAGAUUAGAAGGAAAAAAAUAUCAAUCAUACAGUGCACUGACUGAAAGCUACAUGUUGAUUCUAAAUUAUGAAACUUAUUAUACACAGUUUACAUAAUAAACCCUAAUAUGGAUACUCUACUUGAUGCUACAAAAGAAAAUAGUAUUAUAUUAUAGUGCACUAACGAUAGAAUGUGUUAAUGAAAAUACACUACAUUGGAUUCCAUGCGUGUUACGGAGCGGCGAAAAACAAAAUGCAUUUGAUGUCUUAGAUUUUUCGUAUGAGACUAUUCAGGAUAACCUGAAGCGCAACAAUACAAGGAUAAUGUUGAAAAUAUUUUUUAUUUAAUCUAAGUCUUUCGUAAUAAUAAUGGUAAUAAAGCUACGAUUUAUUA